AUGUGCUCCCACGCCGCCGACGGCCAGCCACCGCAGACACGACGCUCGCUUGACUCCAUGAAGACAGUUUAUGAGGACCAACUGCUCAGCAGCGAGGUGAGCAAGGUGACGAUUAGUAAAAUGCCUGAAAACAACGACAAGAGCUCGUCUGCUUCUGGACCGGCUCGUGCAGCCAUCGUGUUCUCGCUGAAGAAUGAAGUCGGGGGUUUGGUGAAGGCUCUCAAACUUUUCCAAGAGAAACACGUCAACCUGGUGCACAUCGAGUCCCGUAAGUCCAAGCGGAGGAACUCCGACUUUGAGAUCUUUGUGGAUUGUGACAGUGAUCACGAGCAGCUGAAAGAGCUGACCCAGCUGCUGCGGAGACAUGCUAACGUAGUGGACCUGGACCCACCGGACCACUCUGCUCUGCCCCAGGAUGAUAUGGCUGGUGUGCCCUGGUUCCCGAAGAAGAUCUCUGAUCUGGAUCUGUGUGCCAAUCAGGUUCUGAUGUAUGGUUCUGAGCUGGAUGCAGACCACCCGGGCUUUAAAGACAGCGUGUACCGUAGAAGAAGAACUUAUUUCGCUGAUCAGGCCACUCGCUACAAACACGGAGAUCCGAUCCCCCGGAUUGACUUCACAGAGGAGGAGGUGCGCACGUGGGCCGCGGUCUUCCGCGAGCUCAACAACAUCUACCCGAGUCACGCGUGCAGGGAGUACAUGAAGAACCUUCCCCUGCUGACCAAACACUGCAACUACAGCGAGGACAACAUCCCGCAGCUGGACGACGUGUCUCGCUUCCUCAAGGAGCGCUCAGGCUUUACCAUCAGGCCUGUUGCAGGUUAUCUUUCUCCCAGAGAUUUCCUGGCAGGUUUGGCCUUCAGAGUCUUCCACUGCACCCAGUAUGUCCGCCACAGCUCUGACCCUCUCUAUACCCCUGAACCGGACACAUGUCAUGAGUUGCUGGGUCAUGUUCCUCUGCUGGCCGAGCCGAGCUUUGCUCAGUUCUCUCAGGAAAUCGGUCUUGCUUCACUGGGAGCUGCAGAUGACUCAGUACAGAAACUGGCAACGUGCUACUUCUUCACGGUGGAGUUUGGUCUGUGCAAGCAAGAUGGUAAACUGAGAGCUUACGGAGCUGGUCUUCUCUCCUCCGUCAGUGAGCUGAAGCAUGCCCUGUCUGGAAAUGCCCACAUCCUCCCAUUUGACCCCAUGAUAACCUGCAAUCAAGAGUGCAUCAUAACCACCUUCCAGGAUGUCUACUUUGUCUCAGAAAGCUUUGAGGAGGCCAAAACAAAGAUGAGGGAGUUUGCCAAGACCAUCCAUCGUCCAUUCACCGUGCGCUACAACCCGUAUACACAGAGCGUGGAUGUCCUGAAGGACACCAACAGCAUCACCAACAUGGUGGAAGACCUACGCCACGAAUUGGACAUUGUAGGAGACGCACUGAAUCGUCUCAACAAACACCUGGGAGUCUGA